AUGUCGUCAAGCGACACAUCUUCAAGAUCAGAAACGCCAACAACAACACGACGCCCAGAGACACCAACAUCAACCACGUCUGCCGCAGCAGAAACACACACCAUCAAAGUCGGUCCCAAGGAGGACCCGCAUGGUUAUGUACCACAUUCGCUAACGGCCAACGUCGGCGACCUUGUCGUCUUCGAGUUCUACCCGAGAAACCACUCUGUGGUGCAGGCGGACUGGAAGGCGCCGUGCAUACCGGCCGACGGGGACUAUUUCUUCUCCGGUAUCAAGAACGAGUUUGAGGAGGUUAAUGGGCAGGUCGUGGGGAGGUUACCGACAUGGAAUCUGAGUAUCGAGAGAGAUGAACCGAUUUUCUUCUAUUGUACAGGGACCGACUCCUGUAUUGUGAAUGGCAUGGUGGGAGCUAUUAACCCGAACUCAACAAUGAGCUGGGACUCCCAGCACUCCGCCGCGCUCGACUCCCCCUACAUGCUCCUCCCCGGUCAAUCAAUGCCCGCAGAAGGCGAAACCAACAACCCAGGCACAGGGACAACACCACACACGACCGGCACCGCGACCUCCGACCCAAACACCAGCCCGAGUUCCUCAUCUCACUCCUCAUCGGGCCUCGGCGCAGGCGCAAUUGCGGGUAUCGUCAUCGGCGCCGUCGCGUUUGUGGUUAUCCUCUGCGUGCUGCUGUUCAUCUUGGGAAGAAACCGCGUGUAUAAGAAGUGGGUUUCGUCGUCGGAGAGUGGCGUCGUUGGUGGGAGUGUAAAUGCGCUUAGGACGGCGAAGUGGGCGCUUUCGACUUCUGCUGCGGGUGAGGGUGGGAAGAGUGAAGGUGGGGAUGCACCAGUGUUUGGAGGGAGUCCGGCUGGGGAACUAGGGCUGGCUCCCCCUACUGGACCCGGGUCUGUGCUCAGUGGCUCUAGUUCUGCGACUGGCGCUGGCACGAUCGGGACAGGGACAGGGACGGGCGUUGCCUCCCUUGAUUAUCCACCGAGCUUGCCGCGGAGUGCGAUCUUCUCAGCGCAUGAGAGCGGAUAUGGCCAGGGAUUUGGGACAGGUCACUCCUCGCAGGUUCUCAGUCAGCGCCCGAGUUUAGGUCCAGGUCAGCUCCAGGGGCUGCAUCAUGCAGGUCAGCAAGGGCAACAGCAGCAGCCGUAUUGGAUCUGGGAUCAGAGUAUUCAGCCUCAUCCAUACAUGCCUAAGAAGGAAGGGCCCUCGGAGUUGGAGGGGGAGCCAUCUCGAUAG